AUGCCACUGCGAGACGUGCUCAAGAAGCGCUCCAACAUCCAAGGCGAUGCCACGAGUACACGUAGCAUCAGUUCCAACUCUCUAUCAACCCUUCCCAAUCCCAUACCAGAGUUCACUUUCAUGCGUACGACGACCCACGAGCAGGAAGUCAUUGUACCGCCCUCAUAUCCUGGCGACGAAGCCCCACUAGCCUCCGAACAAGUGACCCCCGAGAAGAAACGCCGUAGCAUCUUUCGCAAGAGCAGUGCAAACCUUGUCUCCACUAUAGCCAGCAAUAACCCUCUCCCAUCACACUCCGAAGAAAAGGAAGCUCCAGCUGCACUUCCAGUACGACCCAAGAAUGAACGCAAACUCUCCGAGAGACUGCACUUUGGCCGGUCAAGGGGCCUCUCUAGGAGCGAGAGUAGCUCACAUCUACCUUCUGACCUAGGCGACGCACCUCAAAAUACACCAGCACCCUUGGAUCCUCCGGACGCCAAAGGCAGAGUGAAAGAGACAGAGACCAAAGAAAACAAGAUGCAGCGCGAAGCACAGUGGGAGAAGAGAGCUACCGUGAUGGCCCUGAAGAACCCUUUGCUAGAUGGGGAGAGGUCAGAGUCGAGCGAGAAGAAAGGUCAUCGAAGGAGUACCUCGCUCGAGGAAGGUGAAGCCGAUAUCCAAGAAGCCAUCCGUCUGCACGAGGAAGGCGAUCUGGAGCGUUCGACGCAAAUAUUCGGAAAACUUGCAGAUCCGAACGGUGCCAACAAUCCACUCUGUCAGGUACUCUAUGGACUUGCUCUUCGGCAUGGUUGGGGGAUCCCUCCAUCUGCAGAUGCCGCGAUACACUAUUUGAGUUUGGCGGCUUCAAACAGUGCAGCCAUCGAGUCAGCCGCCUUAUCCUCAGGAUCUAAAGCAGGUGGUGAAGCANAAGGCGAGCUGGUUCUUGCCAUCUUUGAACUGGCCAACUGCUUCCGCUAUGGUUGGGGUAUCAAAGUAGACAAGGUGGCUGCGAGGAAUUACUACGAGGUUGCUGCCAACUUGGGUGACCCUGAUGCUUUGGAAGAAGCAGCCUGGUGUUACAUGGAAGGAUUCGGUGGGCCGAAAGACAAGGUAUGUUGUUCUUACUGUGGUCUAAUACCAGAUAGUGUGCUUAUGCAAUCUACAGNNUUCAAAGCAGCGCAGUAUCUGCGAUUGGCCGAAGGUGCUGGUCGUAAAAGUGUGGGAAACAGCUGGAUCUGGAAAGACAAGUACAGUUCACCGACGAAGUGA